GUGGAGCUGGUGCGGUGGACGCAGAGCGUCGGCCUGACCCUGGUGAACAGAGACCUGGCCUCCCUGCAGCUGAGGACCCCCUCCGGACAGAUCAUCUCCUUCCACAUCCUGCAGAUCUUCCCCUUUACCUCCGAGAGCAAGAGGAUGGGCAUCAUCGUCAGGGAGGAGUCGACCGGAGACAUCACUUUCUACAUGAAGGGAGCUGAUGUUGCCAUGGCGAGCAUUGUCCAGUAUAACGACUGGUUGGAAGAAGAGUGUGGGAACAUGGCCAGGGAGGGCCUGAGGACUCUGGUGGUGGCCAAGAAGUCUCUGUCUGAGGAGCAGUACCAGGACUUUGAGAACCGCUACAGCCAGGCGAAGCUGAGCCUCCAUGACCGCGGCCUGAAGGUGGCAGCAGUUGUGGAGAGCUUGGAGCGGGAGAUGGAGCUGCUGUGUCUGACCGGAGUAGAGGACCAGCUGCAGGCCGACGUCAGGCCCACGCUGGAGCUGCUCAGGAAUGCUGGCAUCAAGAUCUGGAUGCUAACGGGGGAUAAACUUGAGACGGCUACGUGCAUCGCCAAAAGCUCCCACCUGGUGUCCAGAACCCAAGACAUCCAUGUGUUCAAGCCGAUCUCCAGCAGAGGAGAGGCCCAUCUGGAGCUCAACGCCUUCAGGAGGAAGCAUGACUGUGCUCUGGUCAUCUCUGGAGACUCCUUAGAGGUGUGUUUGCGCUAUUACGAGCAUGAGUUUGUAGAGCUGGCGUGUCAGUGUCCUGCGGUGGUCUGCUGUCGCUGCUCCCCCACCCAGAAGGCCCAGAUCGUCACGCUCCUCAAGCAGCACACAGCCAAUAGGACCUGUGCCAUAGGUGAUGGAGGAAAUGAUGUCAGUAUGAUCCAGGCUGCAGAUUGUGGUAUUGGAAUUGAAGGAAAGGAAGGGAAGCAGGCAUCUCUGGCUGCAGACUUCUCCAUCACGCAGUUUAAACACAUCGGGCGCCUGCUCAUGGUUCACGGCAGGAACAGCUACAAGCGCUCUGCAGCGCUGGGUCAGUUCGUCAUGCACAGAGGCAUGAUCAUCUCCACCAUGCAGGCGGUCUUCUCUUCUGUGUUUUACUUUGCCUCUGUGCCACUGUACCAGGGUUUCCUCAUGGUUGGGUAUGCCACCAUGUACACCAUGUUCCCUGUUUUCUCCUUGGUUCUGGACCAAGAUGUGAAGCCAGAGAUGGCUCUUCUCUACCCAGAGCUUUAUAAAGACCUCACCAAGGGGCGUUCAUUAUCUUUCAAGACAUUCCUCAUCUGGGUUUUGAUCAGCAUCUAUCAAGGGGGCAUCCUCAUGUACGGCGCUCUGGUGCUGUUUGAGUCUGAGUUUGUGCACGUGGUGGCCAUCUCCUUCACGGCGCUCAUCAUCACGGAGCUGCUGAUGGUGGCACUCACCAUCCGCACCUGGCACUGGCUCAUGGUGGUGGCCGAGUUCUUCAGCCUGGGCUGCUACCUGGCCUCCCUCGCCUUCCUCAACGAGUACUUCGGCAUAGGCAGGGUGUCCCUGGGAGCUUUCCUUGACCUGUCCUUCAUCACGACGUGGCCUUUCCUGUGGAAGGUGUCGGCCAUCACGUUGGUCAGCUGUCUUCCUCUCUACAUCAUCAAGUACCUGAAACGCAAGUUCUCCCCCCCGAGCUACUCCAAACUCUCCUCAUAAGCCAUGAGCUUUCCAUUGUCAGCACUUUUUCCACUCGCCGAUCCUCAGUGAUGGACAGGUAAGGAACCACUGGAACAAUCCAAAAUGGAGGGAAAUCAGUUCUUCGGAUUAUCUCACUGAGAUUUGGGAUUACUUGAAAAAACAGAGCACAUGGGAAGACUCUAAACGAUGGAUUUAGUCACGCAAAAGAAGGGCAACACGGUGUGAGUGACUGCACUAAGACCCCAUUUUUCAUAAAGGGUCAAUCUGCCUUUAUUUGUUUUAACGCAUUUCAAACAAUCCAAAUGUCAUUUUAUACAGUUCUGCAUUUUUUUGGAUGUCUACAUUUUUAUAUGUGAAGUUUAGAAUUUUUUUAGUGUCGUUUUUUUAUUCUUGGUAUUAAUUACAGUUGCCGGCCUGCAUUUUUUUAACUGAGUUGAGUAGGGACAAAAGUGUUUUCUUUGUUACUGUUAAUAAAGCCUUUACAUGCAGCAUUGAUCCUUAAUGCUGUCACGGUAAAACCUCACUGCGCUAAUUCUUUAAAGAUAAACAUUACGACAUUCACAAAUGCUGGUAAAACUUUAUUUCUGUGCGUUUGCUGCUUCGCGUCCUUUACAUUUUGUAAGACGGCGCAUGACAUUAUCAUCUCUGUAUUAUGAACCAGCACUCCAUAGCAGCACUAAACAUUGUUUUGUUAGUGUAUUUGCGAUGUUUGUCGAUGUCUGCCAAACUUCCUGUUUGGACGUGGCCGCUCGCUUUGUGCCUCACCAUGACGUGUGUUAGUGUGCUGAAGCUGCAUCUCACAUAAACAAUCAUCAGAGGUGUUUGUUUUAGUUACCUCUGCAGCCAGAUGUGAACCUCGAGGAACUUCAAUUCUCUUAAAGAAAACAUUUUUCCGAAGAGGAAACCACUUUAAAAGUCACAACAAAGGACCCCGAAUACUGACGGCUGUUUAUUUUUAGACCUUUACUGACAAUAUGACUCCCCUGGGCUUCCAUGUGACUUUGUCCUGUAGCAGACGGUGACAUUGAGCUCUCUUUGAGGAGGAAUGAGUUUUAUCAUUCCCUCUGUGUAAUGCUAUUGUUGAGCAUGAUCUAAGCUCAGUGUUAAAUCAGUUUUUUUAAAUAUACAUUUCAGUAAACAGGAUUUAUUAUAGCUAUGAUUAUUAGUCUGGUUGUCAUAUAUCUUUGAAUCAUAGUUGAGUUAAACUCAGGUCGAUCAUUCCUAAACACGGCUGUUAGUUUAAAUCGUGGCAACUAUACUGUAAAAUGUAGCUACACUAUAAUUAAAAAGACUAAUAAAUGAUGCAGUUGUGCGACUGCGACACAGCGUUUUAAAUUCCGUAUUGACAUUCUUAUGAAGAGCAAUUCCAAAAGUGUUUCCUGCUGAGACCUGUGUUCUGUGUAUGUGAUAAUGUAUACACUUUUCUUUCUUGUCAACUUGCUUUCCCUGUCCUACACUGCGAUUUCUAACAGUAUGUCUUUAUUUAUACAAUUGUUAUUGAAAAUGAAUAAUAAAAAGAGACAACAGUUUC